UUUUCCAUCAUGGCGGCAUCGGAAGCAGCUUUGGCAACAUCGUUCAUGGAUCCUUUUAAAGAUGUGCUUGUUAAUUAUUUAAUGCCGGAAAAAUGUUAUGACGAGUUUUUCUUACAGUUCAAUCUUCUGCACGUUGAUUGUUUGAAGAUUGUAAUCAGCAAAGGCUUGGGCAUUGGGAUUAUCCUUGGCUCUGUAUUAGUGAAGCUACCUCAGAUUCUGAAGCUGAUUGGUGCUAGAAGUGCUGAGGGCCUGAGUUUUAACUCUGUACUACUGGAGCUGUUUGCUAUCACAGGCACAAUGGCGUACAGUAUUGCCAACAGCUUCCCUUUCAGUGCCUGGGGUGAGGCCCUUUUCCUCAUGUUUCAGACAAUGAUCAUUGGUUUCCUCAUCCAGCACUAUGGAGGAAACACCAUCAAAGGUUUGGGGUUUCUGGUAGUUUACCUUGGUCUAAUGGCAGUUCUCAUCUCUCCCUUGACCCCCAUGUCCAUUGUCACUACCAUGCAGGCCUCCAAUAUGCCUGCCAUCAUCUUUGGACGAUUAAUUCAGGCUGGCACCAACUACAGCAAUGGCCACACUGGGCAGCUGUCAGCCAUCUCAGUGUUUCUGCUGUUUGCAGGCUCCCUAGCGCGCAUAUUUACUACAGUGCAGGAAACAGGAGAUUCCCUCAUGGCUGUCACCUACAUCAUAUCCUCUUUUUGUAAUGGUGUGAUCGCAGCUCAGGUCCUUUACUAUUGGAACAGAAGCCCUGCCCUUAAGAAGAAAGCAGAGUAGAUUCUAACAAAAGCCGACAUGCAGGCAGAUUUCUAAUUUGGUGACAAGUGCUCUGAACAGCAGAUUUAGGAUGAAAUGUAUCUGAAUCAAAACAAUGGAUCUAGUCUAUUUGAGCACUAUUACUUGUUCAGUUGUUUAAGGCAUUUUUAACAUCAGUGCAUGCCCAAAUAUGCUGGGAUGAAUACUGUAUAAAUAUUCAUAUAUUUCAGGCUCCGUUUAAUGGACCAAAAAGCUAAUGUGCAGUAUAGUGGGGGAUCCUUCUAUAAAUUUUAGGACAGUUUUGUUUUUCUAUUUACUCUAUGUUAGGGUAGCAGGUUACCAAUUCAGCACUUUCUUGGACCAUUUUCUUAGCUCAGGGAGGGGAAGUGUCCAUGGUAUUCUUCAACCCUUGACCAUCAAACUUGUGUAUGGAUUUUCUCUGAUUAUGAUUAGUCAUGUUUCAUGUUGCUGUCAUGACAUUAAUCUUGACAUUACCCUGCCUGACUGUAUUUUUUUCCAAAGCCCAGGCACUAGAUAUUAUGUUCUUUCCCCAGUUAUUCCCCUUCAUUCCUGCUGCAAAUCCUUUUAAUUUUUGGGUAAACUAUCCCUUUAUUGCUACAGUUGGUGACAGCUUAUCUAUUCUGUUUCUGAAAAAUAAAUACUAAUUUAGUAAUGCAAUACUAAUCUAAAGUAUUUUGAUAUGGCAUAUAUUUUGAACUCUCCUAAUCUGUGGGGCAAAUCUGCAGAGUGAGAUGAGCUUUCCAAAGUUUUCAAACAUGAAUUCUAGAAUUGUAAAAGUAAAAAAAAAAAGCUUGUAUGAUAAAUAGUCCUGUCAUUAGUUUUUCCUAAUGUGUAGACAAAUCCACCCCAUGAACACUUAUUUCAAGUCUUCCAGAAACUCCAAACCUAGAAAAACUCUUGUUGCUUGACGCUAUAUGUAACAUUUUCUUAUAUGUUUGACAAAUUAAAUAGUUUUUCUUAAUGUUA